AUGUCAUCAAUCACGCCGUUUACUCCACGGCCAUCGCGGAAUAGAAAUCAUUUGGGACUUUCUCGGGCUGAGGAGAAGCGCGUCACAGGUACGCUCGCCUCAGUUCGGCGCGUCGGCACCGCGGCUAUACGCGAGGAGCUCCAGGACACACCAGAUGCGGCGGCGAUGGCACUGGCGGAGGCGCGCAUAUCCGAGCGCGAGCAGCGUGAUCGACCAGAUAGUCGACGAAGCGAGCGACCUUCAUCGCGUUUCAAUCUCGACCGCGAUACACGACCAUCUUCCUCCGCAUCUCGACACCGGGAACCGCCACGGGGCGGAGAAGGGCUAGGACGCGAGCGUGAGCGGAAACAUGAAAGUGAACGUGACCGCGAGCGGGACCCACGAGAACGACGAGAUGUGCGGCGCGAGCGUGUGAUCGACGUGGAGAUCCGACACGUUGAGCGGGAGUCACCGGCGCCAGGCAGUCCCGCGCAGCCACGGCGACUGCUAGACGGUGUACCGCUGCCGGUGCAAGAGGCUUGGGUGUGCGAGGACUUUAUGUACCUCCUGCAGGGCGUAGAGGGGAGUCUCAUCACUUACGCGGAAGGAUACGACCCAUUGGAUGCCGAGCAACGGCUCAAAGGCGCUCGGUGGCGAGUCGACCCAAGUCUCGACCCGUCGCUCCUCAGCCUCGUCAAUCGUCUUCUUCCCCUCGCCACGUUCUUUACGUCGGUCGAGGCGUCCAUCGAGUUGCGCAACUCGCCUGAGUUUGGGAUGGUGUCACACGCGCUUGGGAGCGGAAUCCGUGGCAUGCUCAAGGAAUACCGUGUCCUUACCGCCCAGCUCGAGUCAUUGUUCAACUCGUCGUCUACGUUCACCCUCCAGACGCUUUACUUCCAUCUCCACCCUACACUGCACACGAUGUCGCUGCUGAGUUCAUUGUGCCUCGCACUUGAGACCGAGGAGACAGCGGGCGAAAGCGAAUCAGAUGACGACGACGACUUUGGUGGCAUGGCUGAUCAGCUCGGCCUUGGCGGGGAAGGGCUCAAGGGACUCAUGAAGAACCUCAAGGCGCAGGAAGCUGGCGGGUUGAUAGGCGGCGGCGGGCUCGUUGUCGGUGGCGAGGUGCUCGGAAUCAUAUGUGAGCGUGAGGCUACGAUGAGCGGCGACCCAACAGCGACAACACUUCACUCUCAACUGCUCCUGCACGCAUCUCAGCCGUACGUGCGCAUGCUCCUGCGCUGGAUCACGACCGGUUAUCUGUCCGACCCUUUCGACGAGUUUAUGGUCAAGGAGAGCGGACACAUCACCAAGGGUGUGUUGGAAAGCGACUACACAGAUGAAUACUGGGAACGGAGGUAUACGCUGCGAGACGGGUCAUCGCUGGCGGCCCCUAAGGCUGGGGGUGGCAAGGCGCCAUCCUUGACUACCGCCGUCCCAGCCCCGCGCACCGGCACGAAUCGUCUACCUGGCGGCGCCUGCAUUCCUGCCUUCCUGCAGCCGUGGAAGCACAAGAUUCUCCUUGCCGGGAAGUACCUGAACGUGAUGCGCGAAUGCGGGAUCGACGUCAAGAGGGAAGCGACGGCCGACAGCGACGAGCCCGUCGUCAUGAACGAGGCCAAGUUCUCCCGUCGCAUCGAGGACGCAUACAUACACGCCAACCAAAGCCUGCUUAAACUACUGGUCGAGGAGCAGGAGCUAAUCCCGCACCUCCGCUCACUCAAACACUACUUUUUCGCAGACCAGAGCGACUUUCUCACAAAUUUCUUGGACCUGGCAAGAGCCGACCUUACGCGCAAGCCGGCAAAAUCGGUGUCAAUCGUCAAGCUCCAAUCUCUUCUCGACCUUGCCGUGCGCAACCCGGCCUCGAGCUCGUCGAAUGACCCGUACAAGGACAACCUGAAGGUUACAAUGGCCAGCCAAGGUCUCUACGACUGGUUGCUGAAGAUUGUCUCGCAUCAGGGGACCACGUCCGAGGGCGACCUCGACUUUGGCACAGGCCUUGACUUCGACAAGCCCGAGGCCGCAUUAAUGGGCAUCGAUGCCGUGGCCUUCGACUACAGCGUAAAGUUUCCCUUGAGCCUCGUGAUCAGCCGCAAGGCAGUGACACGCUACCAGCUUAUCUUCCGCUUCCUUGUGCACCUGCAUCAUCUCGAGUCGGGCCUCAGCGAGAUGUGGCUGGAGCAGAAGGGCGAGCUGUGGCGUUCGUCCACAGGCAACGCCGACAUGGAGACGUGGAAAGUGCGCGUCUGUGCCUUGCGCGCGAGAAUGCUCGUCUUUGUGCGCCAGAUGCUUGCGUACGCCACGGCCGAGGUGCUCGAGUCCAACUGGCGCGCGCUCGAGGCCAAGCUUGCCCACGUCAGCACUGUCGACCAGCUGAUGCGCGACCACGUCGACUUUCUCGACACGUGCCUCAAGCAGUGUAUGCUCACGAACAGCAAGCUGCUGGGCGUGUACGCCAAGCUUAUGCGCACGAUCGCCGCAUUCGUCUCGUACCAGGACAACUUCAGCCGCGCGCUCACGAGCUUCCGCGAUGACCCGCUCACAGAGAGCGACGCAUACAAGUCGCAGUCGAGAUGGACGAUCCUCGAGAAGUUCGAGAUCAACUUCAACCACAACGCACAUCUCCACCUCGACGCCGUUACUCACAACGCUGGGUCCGAGAACGUGUCGCUCCUCGCCCUCGUCACGCGGCUGCACCAGACGACGAAGCGCAUGUAG